GGACCAGAACUCAACCAGAACCAGAACUCAACCAAAACUCAACCAGGACCAGAGCAGGACCAGACCUGAAGCAGAACUGAAGCAGACCACAACCAGAGCAGGAGCAGACCAGAGCAGCACCACAACUCCAGAACCCCAACAACCAGACCAGAACCAGAACCAGACCAGAACCAGAACCAGAGCAGAACCAGAGCAGAACCAGAGCAGGAUCAUCAUGUACGUGUCGAGUCUGUGUUUGAGCAUCCUCCUGAUGGCUCAACUCACCAGCUGUUACCCCACGGGCGCCGGGCUCACGGGCGCCGGGCUCACGGGCGCCGGGCUCACGGGCGCCGGGCUCACGGGCGCCGGGCUCACGGGCACGGGGCGGGCAUCAGCGCUGGAGCUGCAGGAUCUUCUGGACAGGCUGGAGUCCCUGGUGGAGCAGAGGGAGGUGGAGGGUCCGGUGGAGGGUCCGGUGCUCCGGCGUGAGGAGGUGUCUGCACCCCGGGGUGGACAGAGGACAGAGGAGGACGGGGCGGCGGCGGCGGUGGACGAGGAUCUGAACGUGGCUCUGAUCCGGGAGCUUCUGUCUCCUCAGAACCUGAUGUCCGUCCGGAACAACAACAACAACUCCCCCCGGAGUUCGUCCGGAUGUUUCGGACGUCGCAUGGACCGGAUCGGAUCCAUGAGCUCGCUGGGCUGCAACACCGUGGGCAAAAACAGUCAGAAGUCUGCGUGAAGUCUUACGUCUGGUGUUUGGACCAUCCCGACCAAAACUCCUCCUCCUCUUUUUCUUCGUCUUCUUCUUCUUCUUCGUCGUUCAUUUUAUUUAUUUCUUUAUUUAUUAAACGUUUGUAUUUUAUCGUUUAUUUAUUUUUGUUUUUAGUACGUUUACUUUGUGUCUGACGCUUCUGUUCAUUAAAGGUUUACAUUUGCACUCUGACCUCUGACCUCUGAAUUUU